AUGUCACUAAGGUCAUUAUUCCAUACUAGCCACAGCAGCCACGAGAAAGAUGCGUUGGUAAGAGAGGGUUACGAUGCAUGUCUGGAAUCGCUUAUUCGUUCUAACAGUGAAAAGGCAGAAGAACAUAAAGGAAAAGCUAUAUCGAGGUUGUUAGAGAAAAAGGAUGUUCGAGCUUUGAGGUAUAUGGGUUUGGGACCCCUAGGUUUUGUAAACAACUCACUGAGAAAAGAUUGCUGGUAUGAAUUAUUGGCGUCGCAGUUGCUUAUUGAUGAUUCAGCGGAGUACGUUACGCCGGUGGAGAAACAUAAGGAUGAAGGCCAGGUGAUAUUGGAUGCAGAAAGAUCCUUUGGUGGAAUUGUCGACAAGAAGUUGAAACUGCAGCUGAAAAAACUGCUAGUGGAGCUAAUUACUCGGGUAUUGAGAAAGUACCCAACGUUGAAUUAUUACCAAGGUUACCACGAUAUUGUCUCUGUUUUCAUCAUGUGCUUUAGUUGGGACAUCGUAGAAGAGAAGGAAUUGGAAUCAGAAAACCUCUCCUUGCGAGAAGAAAUUGAUAUGGAAAAGCUAUUUUAUUGUAUUGAAGCAUUUACAUUAUUAUAUCUGAGGGAUUUCAUGAUGAACUCGCUAGACUUUUCAUUUGAACAGUUGAGAGUCAUCUCUUCAUUGAUAAAGGAAUCAAAUAUGAAAUUCUACAAUAUAUUCAAAUUUGACGAAAACGAACCCCUUUUCGCUAUUGGGUCCAUACUGACAAUCUUUGCACAUAAUUUGAAACCAAUAGAUAGCGGUGACACCAACCUUCAUAAGAUUAUUUUCCAAAUAUUCGACAUGACGAUAUCUCUGCAAUCUAUGCAUAUACCUUUGAUCAUAUACAAGAACCUACUAUUAAAAAAUGAGUCUGAAAUCUUGAAACAAAUAGAAGCUAAUUCUGAUGUCUUCGAGAAUGAUUUCGAUCUGCGCCAUGGUGUGAUACAAACAGUGUUACAAAAAAAACUGUAUGAUGAACCGCUUUGGGAAGAAGUCUUGCAAAUAACUAGAAACGAUUCGGCCACAGCUAGCAAGAAAGCUUUGAAACGGGUGCGUCUAAACAAAUAUAGCACGUUACUCAAUACAGCUUGUGGGAAGCCAGGAUGCUUCGAAAUGAGCACCAUUAUCUUCUAUCUGAAUGAACAAACAAAGAUGAACGAGCGUUACAAGAAAGAAAAGUAUCGUGGUGUCGCCGCCAGAUCCAAAACAAGGGCGUUAGUUCAAAGACUUGGCCAUUUUUUACCCUCCAAAUAUAACAAGUGGGGUAAGAUUUCUUUGCUGAUCGGGAUUGUAGCUAUCUUGUAUCAACUACGGACUACGAGAUCGCUAAGUUUAGUACUCAAUCUACGCUACAUGAUUUCCACGAAAUUGAAAGACUUAUCACAUAUAAAUAUAAAUCUGCACCAGGUCAAUCACAUUUGGGUGGAUCCGAUUAGGGACAUUUUGAAACUCGGGCAUCCAACUAGAUAG